AUGAAUGGAUUUGCUUCAGGGACUGAUGACAGCAGCAGAGACACCAUGCCCACCGGGGCGCUGCCGAGAUCCGUCAUGCUGUCAGCAUGCAUCCUCCUACAGACCGUGGCUCCUGGGUCCUCCGGAGACGGGACGGCUGUCUGGUCUAAAAACCCCAACUACAGCCCGGUAAACGAAACUCAGCUGUUCCUCUAUGACACUUUCCCUGAAAACUUCUUCUGGGGCGUCGGGACCGGAGCGUUUCAAGUGGAAGGGAGCUGGGAGGCCGAAGGGAGAGGCCCCUCUAUCUGGGACUCUUUCGCCCGGGCGCACCUGCGGGACGCCAGCGGGGCGAACAGCUCCAGCGACAGCUACAUCUUUCUGGAGAAAGACCUGUCUGCCCUGGAUUUUAUAGGCGUUUCUUUCUAUCAGUUCUCCAUCUCCUGGCCCAGGCUCUUCCCCGAUGGCAUAGCAGCAGUGGCCAACGCAAAGGGUCUCCGGUACUACAACGCCCUCCUGGACGCCCUGGUGCUGAGGGACAUCCAGCCUGUGGUCACUUUGUACCACUGGGACCUGCCCCUGGCGCUGCAGGAGAAAUACGGGGGGUGGAAGAGCGAAGCUCUCAUAGAUAUCUUCAACGACUAUGCCACCUACUGCUUCCGGGCGUUUGGGGACCGUGUCAAGUACUGGAUCACAAUUCACAACCCCUAUCUGGUUGCCUGGCACGGGUACGAGACAGGUAUGCAUGCCCCUGGAGAGAAAGGAAAUUUGGCAGCUGUCUACGCCGUGGGACACAACCUGAUCAAGGCUCACUCCAAAGUCUGGCACAACUACAACCUGAAUUUCCGCCCACACCAGAAAGGGUGGUUAUCGAUCACACUGGGAUCCCAUUGGAUCGAACCCAACAGACCAGAAAACACGAUGGAUGUGCUCAGGUGCCAACAGUCCGUGGUUUCCGUGCUCGGGUGGUUUGCCAGCCCUAUCCACGGGGACGGGGACUACCCGGAGCUGAUGAAGAAGCAGCUGCUCUCCGUCCUGCCCCUUUUCUCAGAAGCAGAGAAGGAGGAGGUGAGGGGCACCGCUGACUUCUUUGCCUUUUCCUUUGGGCCCAACAAUUUCAAGCCCCAGAACACCAUGGCUAAAAUGGGGCAAAAUGUGUCCCUCAAUUUGAGAGAAGUGCUGAACUGGAUUAAGCUGGAAUACGGCCACCCCUGGAUCCUGAUUACUGAGAAUGGCUGGUUCACGGACAGUCAUGUGAAAACAGAAGAUACCACAGCCAUCUACAUGAUGAAGAAUUUCCUCAACCAGGUUCUUCAAGCAAUAAGGUUUGAUGAAAUACGAGUGUUUGGUUACACUGCCUGGUCUCUCCUGGAUGGCUUUGAGUGGCAGGAUGGCUACACCACUCGUCGAGGAUUAUUCUAUGUGGAUUUUAACAGCAAACAAAAGGAAAGGAGGCCCAAGUCCUCAGCACAUUACUAUAAACAGAUCAUUCGAGAAAAUGGCUUUGCUCCAAAAGAGUCCACAUCCCAUGUGCGGGGCGAGUUUCCCUGCGACUUCUCCUGGGGUGUCACUGAGUCUGUCCUCAAGCCAGAGCUGGUGGCUUCCUCCCCACAGUUCACCGACCCCCACCUGUAUGUGUGGAACGUGACAGGCAACCGGCUGCUGCACCCCGUGGCAGGAGUGAAGCUGAAAACGCGGCCAGGCCAAUGCACAGACUUCGUCAGCAUCAAAAGGCAGGUGGCGAUGUUGGCGAGGAUGAAAGUCACCUCCUUCCGCUUUGCCCUGGACUGGCCCUCCAUCCUUCCCACGGGCAACCUGUCCACCGCGAACCGACAAGCUCUGCGGUACUACAGGUGCGUGGUCAGCGAGAGCCUGAAGCUCCACAUCUCGCCCAUGGUCACCCUGUACUACCCGACCCACGGCCACCCGGGCCUCCCCGCGCCGCUGCUGCAGAGCGGGGGCUGGCUGAACCGGGCCACGGCCACGGCCUUCCGGGACUAUGCCGGGCUGUGCUUCCAGGAGCUGGGGGACCUGGUGAAGCUCUGGAUCACCAUCAACGAGCCCAACCGGCUGAGCGACACCUACAACCGCACCGGCAACGACACCUACCGGGCGGCCCACCACCUGCUGCUGGCCCACGCGCUGGCCUGGCGCCUGUACGACCGGCGGCACCGGCGGGCGCAGCGCGGGGCCGUGUCGCUGGCCCUGCACGCCGACUGGGCCGAGCCCGCCAACCCCUUCGCCGACUCGCACCGGCAGGCGGCCGAGCGCUUCCUGCAGUUGGAGAUCGCCUGGUUCGCCGAGCCCCUCUUCAAGACCGGGGACUACCCGGCGGCCAUGCGGGACGACCUGGCCUCCAGGAGCGGGCAGCGGCUGCCCCGGUUCACCGAGCAGGAGAGGCGGCUGGUCCGCGGCGCCGCCGACUUCCUGGCGCUGAACCACUUCACCACCCGCUUCGUGGUGCCCGCGCGCCAGGGCGCGGGCCGGGACGUGCAGUUCCUGCAGGACAUCACCUGCCUGAGUUCCCCCAGCCGCCUGGCCGUGCUGCCCUGGGGGCAGCGCAAGGUGCUGAGCUGGGUCCGGAGCCGCUAUGGGGACCGGGACGUCUACAUCACCGCCAAUGGCAUCGACGACCCGGCUCUGGAAAACGACCAGCUCCGCAAGUACUACCUGGAGAAGUACGUCCAGGAGGCCCGGCAAGCAUACCUGGUUGAUAAAGUCAAAAUCAAAGGCUAUUAUGCAUUCAAACUGACUGAAGAAAAACUUAAACCCAGAUUUGGAUUCUUCACAUCUGACUUCAAGGCUAAAUCCUCAGUUCAGUUUUACAACAAACUGAUCAGCAACGGUGGCUUCCCUUCUGAGGACAAUAGUCCUAGAUGCAGUGAGACUCCAAGAAACACGGAGUGCACCGUCUGCUUAUUUCUUGUGCAGAAGAAGCCACUGAUAUUCUUUGGUUGUUGCUUCUUCUCUACCCUGGUUCUACUUUUAUCAAUCACCUUUUUUCAUAGGCGAAAGAGAAGAAAAUUUUGGAAAGCAGAGAACUUACAACCCAUACCAUUAAAGAAAAGCCACAAGAAAGUUCUUAGCUAA